CAGAAGCUCCCUCAACGAGGACAACAGAGGACCAGCCAGAAGGGAGAGAAGCAACUCCAGAACCCCCUGGAAAUAACCCUCAGACGCCACAUCCCCAGACAAGCAGUCAGACAGGUUCUCUCCCUCACACACACUGCCCCAGGACUCAACCCUCUCUCUCUCUGGAAAGGACGCCAUGAGCACUGAAAGCAUGAUCCGGGAUGUGGAGUUGGCUGAGGAGGCACUCCCCAAGAAGGCAGGAGGGCUCCAGGGCUCCAGGCGGUGCUUAUGCCUCAGCCUCUUCUCCUUUCUGCUCGUGGCAGGAGCCACCACCCUCUUCUGCCUGCUGCACUUUGGGGUGAUCGGCCCCCAGAGGGAAGAGUUCCCUGGUGGCUUCCAUCUAAUCAAUCCUCUGGCCCAGACACUCAGAUCUUCUCGAACCCCAAGUGACAAGCCUGUAGCCCAUGUUGUAGCAAACCUCGACAACCGGGGGCAGCUCCAGUGGAUGAACCGGCAUGCCAAUGCCCUUCUGGCCAAUGGCGUGGAGUUGACAGACAACCAGCUGGUGGUGCCAUCAGACGGACUGUACCUCAUCUACUCCCAGGUCCUCUUCAAGGGCCAAGGCUGUCCCUCCACCCAUUUGCUCCUCACCCACACCAUCAGCCGUAUCGCUGUCUCCUACCAGGCCAAGGUCAACCUCCUCUCAGCCAUCAAGAGCCCUUGCCAAAGGGAAACCCCUGAGGGCGCUGAGGCCAAGCCCUGGUAUGAGCCCAUCUACCUGGGUGGGGUCUUCCAGUUGGAGAAGGGUGAUCGACUCAGCUCUGAAAUCAAUCAGCCCAACUAUCUUGACUUUGCUGAGACCGGGCAGGUCUACUUUGGCAUUAUUGCCCUGUGAGGGGGAUGGACAUC